AUGAAAAUCAUUAUUUUCUUCGUUAUGAUUGUACUUACUGUUUUAUAUGGAAAGUCAUCAGGUGCACUCAAUGAAGGCGCAACGGAUUGUUUGUGUCCUGUAACAGCUAAUAUUGAUUACGUUUGUGGAAGCAAUGGCGUGACUUAUGUUAAUCCAUCAGCUCUUAGAUGUGCAGCCAAAUGCACAAGACAACAAAUAAGUCAAGCCUACUACGGAAAAUGUAAUACUGAUUGAGUAUUACCUAUACUUAUAAAUGUAUUCAAUAAAACUUGAACAGGAAAA